AUGAUCAGAUUAUCCGGUAACGAGAGUGGUCAUUGGUCCGACAGAGAGUUGAAGGACGCGGACGUGACGACCAUGGAACAGUGCCCCUUGUGCCUCGACGGCCGAGAACAAAACCAAGACAGAAGGGAGGAGACGAAUGAGGUUGGCGACGAGAAGGCCAGCUGUCGAGGAACUGGCGGUCGAGGUGUCGAGAGUAAGGAGACAGACCAGGCGACUAGGAAAAGACAGAACCCUGCAGGUCCAGCAGUCCCUCUCCCGCGCCCCCAGGAAAGCCAAGCUGCUUGGCCGUGGGCGUCGUUUCUUGGCUCUGAAGCUUGGGGGAUUUCUCUGAGCCGCGCACUGAAAAUGAAGAUGUUCACCUUCGAAACUGAGCGUUUUGCGCCAACCGACACGCUAGCUAGCAACAACUCCUCGGUUGAGAGCCUUGUCAAGACGUCACAGCGGCCGUGUUACCCAUUCGCAAAGCGCUGUCCGGGGAUGCAACGCAGGCCGCGUCCUCACUGUGGAUUCGGACAAGGCCCAUUGCACAAUCAGAACAUCUUAUCUCCUGAGCCCCCCCUGCGCGAAUGGGCAAAAAUAAUCGAGCGGGUGGCCUUGGCUGCAAGCUUGGAGACUCAUUGGUCUCAAAUCCCUUUAGGGGCUCGCUGCCUGUGCAUGUUCCAUUUUGUUCCAUUACCCCCUUAUGAACGCCUCUCGGAACAUGGCAGCGGCGGUAGGGGUCAAGAGGCCAGCGAAGGUACUUGGCAGCUGACGUCCCUCGCCGCUCUACCCGGUACAGUCAACUCUCGAUGGCGCGAUACAAUUCUGGAACGAGGAUUAUAUUGUUAUAUCGCAAUAUUGUUGCAGCAAGAGGGUUACUAUAUAGCUGCUGGAGCGCUCUGA